GACUCCAUGCUCAAGCAAGGAUAGUUGUGAAACCGCUGUAAAUGUGAAACAAGCUACCUGAUGCUGAACUGACACUUGCGACAUUCCCAUGCUCUGCCAGUGAGAGUCUUUAUCUUCGGAGUCGUUGCUGUAAAUCAGGAAGAAGAAUUUAUUCUGUCCCAGAGGGAAGACAUGAGCUCGGUCAGACAGGAAGGUAAAGACCGAAUCAUCUUUGUCACCAAAGAGGACCAUGCUACACCCAGCAGUGCUGAGCUCGUAGAGGAAGAUCCCAACGACCCAUAUGAGGAGCAAGGUCUGAUUCUUCCCAGUGGGGAGAUAAACUGGAACUGCCCCUGCCUGGGUGGGAUGGCCAGUGGUCCCUGUGGGACUGAAUUUAAGGACGCCUUCUCCUGUUUCCACUACAGUAAAGAGGAGGUGAAGGGUUCUGAAUGCCUGGAGAAGUUCAGGGCCAUGCAGGAGUGUAUGCAGCGUUACCCGGAGCUUUAUCCUCAAGAAGAUGACAAGGUGCAACAAGAACAAUCAGCAGAAACAGAACAGACCUCACAAGACUCGGCGUCUGCAGAAACAUCAGGUGCAAACUCAACACUUGCCUCUGAGCAGGACUCUGAUACCACUCCAUCCAGCACGGAGGGCUCAGUGGAAAGCUAAUGAAGAGCCUUGGUGGCAGCUAGAGCUCGGUAUCGGUGCUCAACACUUAUAAGGUAUCGACCGAAAUAACCAAGUAGUAUCAAAACAUCUCGAGUCAAAAAAUAUAUUCAGUCAUUUUUGUACCCACAUCACCACAAGCGUUCUUCAAUUUAAGGCAACAUGUGAUUAGUCCACUACUGCAGCAGCUACAACCCUUACUGUCUGUGAUGUGACGUCGAACGUGUUGUAUUUGACAGAGUUGGUAGUUCAGUGUGUAGAGCUGCCACCAAAACAUUCACAAGCAUGGCUGUACUACAUACCUGUGGCAUCUGGUGGCAUUUAAGGCAACUGAAUGCUUCCAUUCACACAAUUGGUAUCGAAUAAAGAAAAAAAAAAGUAUCAAAUUAAGUACUGUAUUGGUAUCAGCAUCACUGUAAGGGUGCUGGUUUUGGUGCUGGUAUUGUAUUAUUUCAAACAUGAGCCACAAUUUAAAGUCCAACUGAAAUUACAUUUAUUUAUUUUAGUUUUACUGUUAAUACUGUAGUUUUUUAUGAUUAAGAGAAAGAAGAAAAAAGUUCGGAGGGAAUAUUAGAAAUGCUCAUUUUGCUCUCAGUGGCUGGAUGAGCUGUUGGUGUCUUAUUGUCCAGCACCAUAACUUACAGGCCGUUUGGAGAUGGUGUGUUGUCAGCAUAGAGGAGUAAAGUCCACAACAGCAUCUGAACUGACUGAAGUUAUAAUUGUAAGUUUGCAUGCUGCUUAAUGUGCUGCAGCAGAAUAGCUGUUUCUAGUUUUCCUUGCUUGGUUAGCAGGUUAAGCCAGCAAAAACACAUGCUCAUGUUUGGUUUCCACAGAAAUGCUUAUGUGGGUUGGUAUGCUUCAUACAAAUAUGGUUCAGAACGAUGUGAUCCAAUCAGCUGUAUGGAAACAAGUUCUCGAUCGACAGAGACAUCUGGACAUAUACAUCUACAUCUAGACGGAGAGCUAAAGGUAUUGUGAGGAAUUAUAUUAUAUACAGAGUAGAUAUAUAUCAAGCUGUAGAAAACAAAAACAUGAUAUGUAAUUUCAGUUGGAGUUUGAACAUUUUAUUUACGAAUGAGAUGAGCUUGAACUUUUGUAAAACUAACACAAUGUUGUCAAUGAAAAAAUGACGAUCUUGAGUUGCUCAAACUUGACUUUGGGUUCAGGCAAGACAAGAUUUAAGAAUCCUUAAUUCAGUCAAGCGCCCAGAGGACCAACCCUUUAAUACACCUCAGUGUGUAUUUACCAGCCACAACAACGUCGCAACAGCUGGUAUUGUUUUUGUGUGUGUGUUUGUGUGUGUGUUAAAAUGUGGCCCUGGUGACACCUGUUUUGGCAGAAGCUACCACAUCAACGGUUUUAAGUAUUUUGUCAGGUGUUUAUAUGUCCGUCUGCAGCACAGUAACGUCACAACGGUGCAAAAAUCAGUCACAAAACUUAACAGGUGUGUAGUUUGGAUCAUGAUGAAGGCAGAGUUGGAAAUAAGGGUGGUCCAAGCAAGGGGGCAAGGGGAGCGGAAGUACGGGGUUAGGAAGUAGGGAAGGGGCCAUUGCGCUUUACGCCCCCUGCUGAUUAUUGUGGCUGCAGUGAUGGCAUCACAAGAUGGUUUCUAGAUUUUUUAUUUCCUUUGUUUCCAUGCUGGAAUUUACAAUAACGAGGUCUGAAAUUAUAGUAAAAACAUGUUUUAUACCUUUUUAUUUUCUGACAUCUGUGCUAUUUUCUUAUGAUAUACAGCUUACAAUAAGUAUGUGUUACACAAAGUUUAUAUUAAGCUUUGACUCAAAGUUAUUGUAGUGAUGUUAGGAUAAAGUUAAGUUUGCAGAGGUGUGAAUAAUGUACUAAAGACAACCUUACAGUUUCUACUAUGGAUCCUGAAUAGUGAGUUUCCACAUCUGACCUGUUGGACUGCAUUGCUUCUGCUUAUUUAUAUCUACACCUAAAACCUUUACCUCAGCUGGACAAUUUGUGUUCAACAAAGGACUGAAUCAAAGUGACUUGAACUGUUUAUUGUUAAAAGUUUUGUAAUAAAUAUGACUAUAACUGACA